UCGAAGGAUCAAGUGAUUCAAGAUAGAAGUAAAUUCCUUGCCAAGGCACAAUAUACAUUCUAUCAGAAACCAAUCAUGUUGGUCAAGGGAGAACGUCAAUAUGCUUGGGAUGAGAGUGGAAAGAAAUAUUUGGAUUGUUAUGCAAAUGUUGCUCAUGUUGGUUAUGCUCAUCCACAUGUUACUAAAGCUGCUACUGAACAAUUAAUGUGCAUCAAUUCGAAUACUCGUUAUUUACAUGACAAGAUUGUUAAAUUGGCCGAUAAAUUAACAUCCAAAAUGCCAAAGGAUUCAGAUUUGAAUGUUUGCUUCUUUGUAAACUCUGGAAGUGAAGCUAAUGAUUUGGCAAUUCGUUUGGCUCGUGUCUAUACAUCGAGAAAUACAGUUGUUGCUCUUGAAAAUUCAUAUCAUGGAACUACAGGAACAUGUACAGGUGUUUCAUCUUCAAUUUCAACUGGUACAUCAGCCAAAUGUCCUGAUUGGGAUUAUUAUGCAAAGGAUGUGGAAUAUAUUAGAGUUCCAGAUUUAAUGAGAGGUCCAUAUCAAAAGGAAACAGCUGUUUCUGAAUAUAUCAAGGAUAUUGAUGGUGCUUAUGAAAAGAGAGCCAAAGGAGAAAAUGAUCAUGAUAUUGCUGCAUUCAUUCACGAAAGUAUUCAAGGUGUUGGUGGUCAAUUUGUUUUCCCACCUGGUUAUCUUCAACAAGUUUAUGAAAAAGUUAAGAGUAGUGGUGGUAUCUGUAUUGCUGAUGAAGUUCAAACUGGUUUUGGACGUAUUGGUUCACAUUUCUGGGCUUUUGAACAUGAUCAAGUUGUUCCUGAUAUUGUUACAAUGGGUAAACCAUUUGGUAACGGUCAACCACUUGGUUGUGUUGUCACAACAAGAAAGAUUGCUGAAGCUUUCAAUAAUUCUCAAUAUUUCAAUACUUUUGGUGGUAAUCCAGUUAGUUGUGCUAUUGGAUUAUCAGUUAUUGAAGUAAUAGAUCAAGAAAAUUUACAACAAAACAGUCUGGAAGUUGGAACAUAUUUAAAGGAUGGACUUACUAAUCUCAUGAAAUAUCACAAAUUGAUUGGUGAAGUUCGUGGUAAAGGUCUCUUCCUUGGAGUUGAAUUGGUUAAAGAUGCUCACUCUGGUGAUCUUACACCAGCUCAAGAUGAAACCAAAUUUAUUUGGGAAAGAACUAAAGAAUUGGGAGUUUUAGUUGGUUCAGGUGGUCCAUUAAGAAAUGUUCUCAGAAUUAAGGGUCCAGUCUGCCUCACAGUAGAAGAUGCUCAAUUCUUAAUUGACUGUCUAGAUCAUGCCUUAACA